AUGUCAGCGCUUCCCUCAAUUUACUCAGAUGAAGGACUCUCGAAGUCAGAUCGAAGCAAAGUGCUCACGGUGGGUAAACCAAGAGCGGGAAGACCAAUUGGUGCUGUGAAGCUAGAAGAAAGAGUUCAUGAUGCUGCUGUUGGGAAUGUUGUACAUCAACAAACACACAACUCUAAGAGUUCAGAUACCAGCAUUGAUGAUGAUGGUGAUAUACCCAUGCUUGGGAUGGAUGAUGAAGAAGAGGUUCAACUAGUGGCUGACUAUGUUAUGGAUAAUAGACUGAACACAAUUUCACGAGGUAGAGAAUACCAGGAAUCCAUAUUACCCACAGAAUUAACAUCAAAUAACAUAGAUGAUCAGGAUCUAACGCCCAGAGAGAGACUUUCUAAAGAUACGAUCAUGAUAAUUGAUACAAACUUCAUCAUUUCGCAUCUAGAUAUCAUAGACGAACUAGCUAAACUUCAUAUCAAAUAUCAUCACAAGAUCAUUAUACCUUCAACAGUGAUGUUGGAACUUGAUGGAUUGAAAAACUCUAAAAAGAAGACAGACGACACACUUGAUGGUACAACUAUAGGUCAUUUAGCAAGAUGGGCAAAUGAUUGGAUAUAUAAAAAGCUUGCAGAUUCAAGUUCGGCUGUUAGAGGUCAAAAACUGAAAGAGCAUCUAGAUAGAAAUGCAAUUAAAGAUGAUGCUAUAUUGGAUUGUUGUUUAUAUUUUGAACAAAAUUAUGAAGCAUUGGUAAUAUUAUUAUCAAAUGAUAAAAAUCUUUGUAUGAAAGCUUUAGCAAAUGAUAUUAAAACAGUUUCAUAUAGGAAAAAAAUGUCUGCUAAUCUUAUAGCUGAAAAAUCAUUUAAUGAAAAUGCUAAUGGUUUACAACAUGGAAAUACAGAACCACUCAUGAGAGCAUCACCUUCACCACCACCGCCAGCUUUCAAUCACAGUUAUCAAGAAACAGCGGAAUAUAUACCACCAAUUUCUAAUGGAAAUAAUCAAUCUGAAAUUCAGGAAUCCGAUCUAAGUGCUGAUUAUAUUGAAACUGAAGAACAAGAACACUACUACAAUAAGGGAUACACAAAUGACGAAGAAACAAGUGAACCUUCCAAACAUGAUCCACCUGCAUCUUCUAAUAAUUCCAAAAGCCAUUUAAUAACGAUACCUGAUUUCUUUGAUGCAUCAAAUUUAAUACAUAGGGAGGUUCAAUUAUUAGUCUUAUCAGCUAUAGAUGACUGUAUGUAUGAAGAAUAUGAGGAUGAUGUUGAAUUAGUUGGUUAUGAAAAGUCAAAUAUCAAAUCACUAAAGGAUUGCUCAUUAGUAUUAAUACAGUUCUGGAUCUCUGUCUUCACAGAAUACUUCAAAACUGGUCAUUUUAAACCUUUCAAUAUGAGAGGGAAAAAAUUCACACAAUUCACUGAUAUUCCAAGAUCUGAACAAGAACUAGAUAAAUUUAUCAAAUACUGGUCAAAUGUAUUAAGAGGUCUUUAUGUUAAAAAAAAUGAAGCAAAAAAUUCAGAUUUAGAGAAACUUAUUGAGAGAUGGGAGUAUAUAAGUGAUCAUUUAUAG